UUAUACAAACAAUUACAUCUCGCAAAAUCUGCCUUAUCGCUCUCUUCCCCCACAAAACAGAGAUCCGGUAAGCCACGAGGACAAUGUCCGACAUGUCGGCGUCAGAUCCCGGAGGCCAGGCGGCGGAAAUCCGGCAGCCUUUGAUGGCGGCGGCGGGGAAGGGGUUGGAGAGGCUAACGGUGGACGAGAUGCUGCAAAAGCACUGCGGGGAGUUCGGGCGGUGGCAACUGAGGCAUUUCGUUCUGACGAGCCUAGCCUGGGUACUGGAGGCGUUUCACACGUUGGUCAUGAUUUUCGCGGACCAGANNCCCGAGUGGAGCUGCGUGGGAGGCGGGUCGGGGUGCGGUCCGGCAGGGGCGGGGAUUUGCAAGAUGGAACCGGGGUGGUGGCGGUGGAGCGGGGCAACGGGGAUAUCGACGGUGUCCGAAUGGGGAUUGAUUUGCGGUGAGAAGUAUAAGGUCGGAUUAGUUCAGGCCUUGUUUUUUGGUGGCUGCAUGAUUGGAGCUGGAAUUUUCGGGCAUCUCUCAGAUUCAACACUUGGAAGAAAAGGGUCCCUCAAAGUAGUCUGCAUUUUAAAUGCCAUAUUCGGAAUCGCCACCGCAUUUUCCCCUAAUUACUUGAUUUACACUCUCCUCCGCUUCCUCACUGGCUUCAGCACCGGUGGCGUUGGCCUAUGCGCCUUCGUCCUCGCCACUGAGCCCCUUGGCCCCGCCAAGCGUGCCGCCGCUGGAAUGUCCACCUUCUACUUCUUCUCCUCCGGCAUUGCCGCUCUCUCCGCCAUAGCUUACGUCUUUAAAUCAUGGCGCCAACUCUACAUCGCCACCUCUCUUCCCUCCUUUUUUUUCCUCUUCCUCGUCCUUCCCUUUAUCUCCGAAUCCCCCCGAUGGUUCCUCGUCCGCGGCAGGGUUACUGAGGCUACAAAUAUCAUGGCUGCCAUUGCCCAAGCCAAUGGAAACCACCUCCCUGAUGGGGUGUUUCUUGCCAUUGACGAAGAUACAAAACAGAGCUCGAAACAGGACCAAAUCCAGCAGACUACCCAAUCGGGGUCUCUCCUCGACGUGAUGCGCUCGCCCAUUACUCGAAUUCGGUUGAUUCUGGCCGUGGCGAUUAAUUUCAUGUGCGCCGUCGUGUACUACGGGUUGAGCCUGAAUGUGGUGAAUCUGGACACCAAUAUUUACCUGACCGUGGCGCUGAACGCGGUGGCGGAAAUGCCGGCUUUCUUGAUCACGGCAUUGCUGUUGGACGUGUGUGGGCGGAAGCCGUUGGCGAUUGGGACGCUGUGGUUCAGUGGGGUGUUCUGUCUAUGUGGGAGUUUGAUGAAGGGGGUGGGGAUGUGGAAGAUUGUGAGGAUGGUGUGUGGGAUGUUGGGGAUAUUUGGAAUGGCGGGGACUUAUAAUUUGUUGUAUAUUUAUACGGCAGAGCUGUUUCCAACGGUGGUGAGGAACGCGGCGUUGGGGUGUGGGACGCAGGCGUCGCAGAUGGGGGCGAUAUUGGCGCCGUUUGUGGUGGUGAUGGGGGGAGGGCUGCCGUUUGCGGUGUUUGCAGGGUGUGGAAUUAUGGGUGGGGCUCUGGCGUUUUACUUGCCGGAGACGCUGAAUAAGCCUUUGUAUGAUACAAUGGGCGGCAUAGAAGACGGGGAAAAAGAUUGUUUGAACAAUGCCUGAACUUGUAUGGUUGCUACCUACCUUUGGAGUUUUGUUGAUGCCUAAAACACAAUUCUGUGGAUUCUCUUAUGAUCACGUGUAUGCUUAGAUCUCUGGUGUAGCAACCCUAACUUUUCUUUUAUAAUAAAAUUGUUAUUAUAUGCA